UUUCUGUUUGUUAAACACACGCUCCCUGCCUUGCUCUCAUUCAGGAGCUAACACAGCAUCCAGCUUUGUGAGACUGUUGUCCGUCACCCUGCAAGAGGGUCCUCUCCGGAUGCUCAAGGGUUGGGUACCGAAGCUCCCCGCGGCGAUGAAGCACCCUCGGGCAGCCCAGAUCCUCCACUGACUUCCCCAUUUUCCCGAGGACAGUUGCAGAAAAGUGCUCCUCACUCCUUUGCCACAGGUUGAUUCCCAGAGAGUGGAGAGGACGAAGUGCUCCAUCCUGGCCAGCAAUGAGAUGAUAACUCAAGACCUCCUUCUCCUCCUGACGGGAAGUCUCAGGCCAGGCAUGGGACCAUUGGAAGGAACCAACACCACCCCCACCGUAGAGAAGACAACACUAGACGAGAAGUUGCCACAAGGCUGGCAUGCCAAGGACUUUGUCACUCCUAGCCAGGAUCUCUCUGGAUCCCGCAGUGUUAUGAUGGACAGCACUAAGAUCCCAGGGGUCCAGGUUGUUCUGAUUGCUGCCUACUCUCUCAUCAUUCUGCUGGGGUUCAUCGGCAACUCCUUGGUCAUUUACAUCAUCGUGAGGUACAAGACCAUGAGGACUGUCACCAACUUCUUCAUAGCUAACCUGGCUCUGGCAGAUCUGAUGGUGGACACACUCUGUCUGCCUUUCACCCUUGUGUACACACUGCUGGACGAGUGGAAGUUUGGAGCUGUUCUUUGUCAUCUGGUCCCUUAUGCUCAAGCUCUGAGUGUCCAUGUGUCUACUCUCACCCUAACUGUGAUUGCUCUGGAUAGGUACCGGUGUAUUGUUUUCCACCUGGACAGCAGGAUUUCCAAGAGGCUCAGCUUCACCAUCAUAGCUAUCAUGUGGCUUGCGGCAGCUGUCCUAGCAGGUCCUCUGGCUAUCUUCAGAGAGUACCGGUAUGAGGAAAUCCCAUCUAUAAACCUCAAAAUGGCUGUCUGCUCUGAAAAAUGGCCUUCUGGUAAUAACAGAGAUGCCACUAUCUACAGCCUGUCCAUGCUCCUCCUGCAGUAUGUUUUUCCUCUUGCAAUUAUUUGUUAUGCUUACACCAGGAUCUGGUUCAAGCUGAAAAACCACGUCAGUCCCACUUCUAGGAAUGAAAACCACUGCCGGAGGAGGAAGACAACCAAAAUGCUAGUGAUGGUAGUUGUGGUAUUUGCAGUGUGUUGGCUCCCCUUCCACAUAUUCCAGCUUGCCAUUGAUCUUGAUCUGGUUCUUAUCUUCCAUGAGUACAAACUCCUGUACACUGUCUUCCACGUCGGGGCCAUGUGCUCUACAUUCGUCAACCCUCUGCUCUACGGAUGGAUGAACAAGAACUACCGGAAUGGCUUUCUUAUGUUCUUCCGUUGCCAGAACAAACCAGAAAGCAUCCACACCGAAGGCUCGGUUAGAGGGAGGUCUUACGUCUUCAGAGCAAACACCCUAAAUGGAAGCAUCAAACAGACUCCUGGCAAUGAACCACCACCCACAGAGGUUUAGGGAUGGGGCAUCUGCCUCCGGGACUGAGGCUGACUGAGCCCACAGACAUUCUUGGGUAAAUGCUGGUUUUUGGCAGGACAUUGUGUUGCCGAAACACUACAGCUACCGCAGCCACAUAGAAAUUCUCACCUCUAUCUCUCAAAACAAUAAAUCUGGUGUAUUUCUGUUUGACCAAACAAAUGAAUUUUUCCUUUCGAAGCGUUCAAGUUAUACAUGCAGAAGCACAAAAAAAAUCCCACACUGAGAAGGCUUUAAUUUAGCCAGUAAAAUACGUCCUUUUUGCUAUUUCCAAUUGCCAAAGUGAGUUGCUCAACCUUUUACCCCCUGACAUAUUACACAUUACAAGUGCACAACCUUUCUUGUGUAUGCUUGUUCAUCUGUACAUCUUCUACCCAAAAGCCUUAAUGAUUCAUCGUUAGCUAAUGCCUCCAAGAGGAGGGAGACCUACACUCUCUGCAAACGCAGCCUUGUUCGGGCCAUCACUCCGCAGGCCUGGGAAGGGAGCGGGCUGGUGCAGGCUGAAGCCGGGCAAUCCAUGAUCUCUUGCACAGCGCUUGCAGGAAUCUGCAUUUGCAACCCAUGGGAUGAGCUCUUGUCCUCAGAAAGCCCAGGAGGUGGCAGUGACACUGCUUACCACAGUUUCCUUUACAAGUGCCAAAGCAAGGCUUUGAGGAUCCUCAUUAGCCAAGGAGCUUGUGAGCCUGUGCCCUGGGUAUAGCAAGGAGAAGAGCAGGCAGAGAAGCUAGGAAAGGAAGGGUCUGGGGCAGCUGGUCAAGAGGACUGAAACUGAAACUAAACCUAGGGGACUGGCAAAGAUGAUCGCCUCCAGACCCUAAGAUGUGGCUCCUGCCAUGCAAUAACUUGGCAGGUGCCAGCAUGACAAGAAAGGCAAAAGUGCCAAAGACACCAUUCUCCAAGGCACUGAGAGGUUUCUAAAGCUUUACUUGUUCUGGAGUUGAAGGUAUUAUGAUUCUGUACUUGGGUGCAUCAAUUCAGAAGACAGAUGUAUUCUGCUUGCAUGGUUGUCACAGAUGUAGUCUUCUCUGGCAGAAGAAGACAUAGAGACAAAGGAAGAUGUAUUCUUUCAAACCAAACUAUAUGUUCUUCUACAUAAGGCUGUGUCAGCUGGGGAGCAUAUUUUUAGCUCUGCCAUCAAAGGAGGCUUGAUUGCUACUGUGAUCUCAGCAGAUCAUCAUUGGUGUCGUCUCUAAAAGUCAGUGUUCAUCAGAUUGGAAAGUAACUCCCAGAUGCAGGGAAGAGACUUAACCGACCUCCUCAUUAGAGAUAAAAGGAAAAGAAAAACAUCGGUUCAUAGAUCUUCACUGGAACAAGGACAAGAGGUAAGAGGUCUUGCAGUACUGAGUACACCAGCAUGGAUCAGGCUGCUGGGCUGUCACAUCUGGAAUUCUCAAGAGAUGAAUUGUCAAAGGGCUUGUUUGAAAAUCUGGCUCUCCUGCCUCCUCCUCAGCCUGACCUGCCUCUGGCCCUUCUUCUCCAGCUCAGCUUCUGACUGCCACACUAUAUGAAUUUAAUCUAUCUGUUUCUUUCUGUUCUCUGAUUCUGGGUUCCAUUUGCCUAAAAAGGUACAUGAAAGUGGUCUCUGGUUCCUUCCCAAGAGAUACCACUGCCAGGCAGGGGCCAUGGACAACUCCCCACAUUUGGAGGCAUAGGCAUGCUGAUGCCUAAUAACGCCCUCAGCACCCGAUUCUGCAGAUCACAGUGCUUUUUUCUUUUCAAGGAGCUUCAGGAUCUAUGAAGACCUUGUCAGGAAGUCACCGAUGUUCCAGCAAAAGGAUCAUCUGCUACUUUGACGGGCCAAGCCAUGAAGAGAGAACUGAGACACAAGUGAAACUUUCCCACGAGAAGUGCCGUGGUGUCACAGGGGGAGUUUGCUGAUUCAUGCUGAGGGAGGAGGAAGAUAUUCUCCUACGCAGCACUCGUAAAUUUUGUGCCUACCUAAUGAACUGGUCAUUUCUACAAUCCAUCCUCCCAAAGAACUCUCCCUGCGUUUCCAUCAAACUCCAAGAAACAAGGAAAUGUUUUUGUUUCAAAAGCAGCUCCAACGAGUGGAAAGAAUUCGACAAUUACCAAUAAAAAAUAAACACUUCAGAAAGUGAUUUAACACUCAAUAAUAUAUGUCAGAGUAAAAUAAAACAUUCAGCAAUGUUAGCUUGGAAGCCAAUCACGCUGCCAGCUGAGAUGGAUGAGGAGCUAAAUUGCUCUUCCAGGGGCCUUGCCAAAGGUUUUGUCCUGUGACACCACACAUGGUAUCUGACUGCGGAGCAAAGCAGAUAAUGACAUUAUGGAUGUCUAUUUAAUUUUGAGCCCAGACUUUUAAACUAAAAAUGGAUAGAUAAAUAAAUAAAUAGAUCCCAGCUCUUCACAAAUGUAUACUGGCAAUGGCUUUUACAGGGCAGAGGGAUUUUUAUGUUGGACCAAACUGGGAAGGAGAGACUAUUUACUUGAAGUAGAACAGGAAAGUUCUGUUUGCUUUAUUCAAUAUACUUGUGCAGCUACACUGAUGGAUUUCUGCCCUUGAGCUUGCUGCUUUUCCUUGCUAUUGUAAAAAGUUACAACUUUCCAGGCAUGCCAUGAGCAGGGAAAUCAGCUCUCAGUUGUGUAUACGUGUCCCUGUGGAAAAUCACAAUGCCUCUGUGGAAGGAAAAUGACCCUAGGGUCCACUGCCAAAGAGAACAAGAGAACGUGGAGGGGAAGGAAGCAAAGCUUCUUACCAGAGGUCGAUUUGGGCAAAUAAAUAGUAUGUUAUAGACUGUCCUACCUGCAUAGAAGAAAGGAAUUAAUUUGUUUUCAUAAAACAAAAAUCGGUUGGAGAUGAAAGCUUCCCAAAUAUUCACACUUUCCCAAAGAUGGCCUUACUGCCAUGACCAGUUCUGUGAAACCAAAGGCCAGAAGCAUUUUAAGUUUUUGAACUAUUUAGAGCUCAAGACAGGGUAUGACCCUGCUCUGCAGGUGUCAAGGGCAGAUCCACAAGCAGUUACAGACAUUCUUGGAGUAAAGGCAUCUUUCCACUGCCCGCUCCUUGCCAAAGGUCCAUCAGUGAACGCCAGCCAAGCCGGGUGUUAAUGACAUGGGAUGGAAUGACGCUUGUCUAUGGCCCUGCAGCUGAUAGGGAGAAAGGAUUUCGUUACGGAGUUAGAAACACAGUGACAGACAUGAAAAUGAACAAGUGUUUCAUCAAAACUUGAUGGAAGACAGUGUUGUUCCUGGUUACCAAACAAAUUUCCUCUAGGCCUGAUUCUUGCUGACGUCUUUUUCAAAAUGCUGCUUCACUGAACUGACCUGAGGGUAUUUUACAGUUCUUAGGAGAGAGGAUCUGAGUUCCCUGAAAAAUACCCUGUUUCUUAUGUUAGGACACUCUCUCUGAUCACAUCAGACAAACAUUCUAUUAUAAAAAAAGUACCACUGAACAGUUCUUAAUUGCCAAGCAAGCCUUAGCAGAUGAUUAACUCUGAGUAGACACCACAGGCGGAGAUGCCUCUAACUCUCCUGUGCAACCAUUACUCACAUGCCAGACAAACACAAGAACAGCUGAGAUGUGGCAACAUCAUCCUUUAAAAACAGCAGCAUCAAUAGCUGUUGUUCCUUAUUACAGACUGCUCUAAGAGCUCUCAGCAGUCCCGGAGUUUCUUAUCAAACUACCAGACUUGACGAAGCACAGUCAAAUUCGCAGAGCAAAAGCGAUGCUUUGGGUACAAGAAGCUCUCCAAGCACUAGAAAUUUUGCCCUUCAAACACUUAGUUUGCUCUGAAAAAUCCCUUUCUGUUUGAUUUCCAAAACAUAUAUGUCUGUAACAAGUUAAAGAGUAAAGAGACCACAGGCUUUUUACUUUUCCUUGUCUUAGGGCAAUGUCUACAGCUGGCAUUUAGAUCAAUGCAGGGUAAGCUGGGUUCUUCGGUGAGGGCUCUGUUAGAAUCAAAGAUGAGACAAACUCCUGUAUAUGCCUGUGCUUCAUCCUGCUCCUAUAAAGCCCAGAUCCAUCCUUUCGCCGCUCCCUGCCCGGCAUUAACAUGUGCCCUCCCCCAUUAUCCGCCACAGCCCAAGCCCACAAUGUCAAAUGGCACCUGUUUUAUUCAAUAUACCCACAAAUGUGUGAGCAGGAACAUCGCUCUGAGCUUUUCACAAAGGGAAAUACAUAGUAGACUGCGAGAGAAAGAGUUCUCUAACACAUGCUAAUACGAGAGGGGCUGGAGCGCUAUUCUGCUGCAGGAGGUCACAGGCACCUCAGCCUUUCCCUUGAUACCAGGUGUUUAUCUUAUCAAUGUCACAGCAACCACGGUCUGAAACAAAAUUAGCCUUUGUUUGAGCAGGAGCUGUGGAGUUGGCGCUUUCUUUGUGUGCCUUUGUCUUUCGGCUCUGUUAUUGUGUGCUUGCACCAGGGUCUCUGAAUGUGCUGGGUUUUAAAUAAGGCCUCAAGAUCAACUUAACUGGUGAAAAUCAGGAAUUACUGCAAUAAUACAGUCAAAGAAAGGAUUCUGGGGUUUUAUAGAAUCACAGAGGUGUCGUGCAGUGGAAGGCGGACUAGGUAAGAACUUAAGGGGAGAUUUGUGUUUGUUCAAGGCAGCGUACUUGGUCUUGUCCUGCACAGAGGUCAUUUUGCCUAUAUAACACAACAAUUUCAUGCUACAGCAAGUGUCUUCAAGUUUUUUGAAGCUUUUUAUUACAAAGCUCUUAGCAACUGACAUUCACUGCUAUUAAAUGUGAAUUGAUGUUAAAUAUAUCUUGUCUCAGUGAGCGCAAGUAAAAACUGCCUCAAUAUUCUAUUUUAUAUUUAUAUUCAUAUUCUAUUUUCUUGUACAUUAUUAUUUUUGCUCCUUACAGUAGAAAUU